UUCUGUCACUGCUUUUACCAUUUUUGGCUUUUCGAACAUGACUUUGCAACAGUUCCACAAAAGCUCCUUCUGUGACCAAGACAAUGAUAGCUCCAAUAUUUAUUCUACUUCUUCUAUCCCCAAUAACUCAUCAAUGGAGGUGUUUUCCCACAUGGGUUCUCUCCAUGCGGCUCCAACUAAUACAAAUUCUGUGAAAAAUAGUCUUAGUAACCUGAAAGAUCCUGAUGGGUUCGAAGAAAACGUUCAUAGUUUGAGUAGUGAUAGCAAUGGUGUGAAAGAAAUGACUGUUAGUGGUGGACAGUCAAAGAUUUGUUCAAGAGGGCAUUGGAGACCUGCAGAGGACAUCAAACUGAAGGAGCUUGUAGCUCUUUAUGGUCCACAAAACUGGAACCUUAUAGCUGAGAAGUUGCAAGGGAGAUCAGGAAAAAGUUGCAGACUUAGAUGGUUUAACCAGUUGGAUCCAAAGAUCAACAAAGGAGCUUUCAGUGAAGAGGAGGAAGAGAAGCUCAUGGCAGCUCAUAGAGUUUAUGGCAACAAAUGGGCUAUGAUUGCGAGGCUUUUCCCUGGAAGAACUGAUAAUGCUGUUAAAAAUCACUGGCAUGUUGUAAUGGCAAGGAAAUUUAGAGAGCAGUCAAGUGCUUAUAGGAGGAGAAAACUGAGCCAAGUUGUUGUUCAUAACACAGCAGUCAGCUUCCUGAAUCCAUCAUCCAAAAGUUUCAACUUAUUUGCACCUCCCAUUGAUGGAAAUGGAGCUGAUGAUGGUUUUAGUGAUCAUCAUCAUCAACCUGCUAAUCUGAUGGAUGGUAGAGAUUUGUUUCUUGGAUCUACAAGCAGCUGCAACUUCAACUUUCUCCCUCUUCAUGAUCAAAACCAAACACCUAAUUGUGCUUCUUGUGGAAAUCAGAAAGCUCACAUUGAUUUGCUUUCUGGUUACAAGCACUGUGAUAUGGAAAAAGACAGCUCAAGCUUCAAUAUUUUCAAGCCUUACACCCUAAAUAAUAAUUUUCCAAUGCAACAACCAAACCACCAUCACCAUUCUGCAACUUUCUCAGACACCAUGGCAUUGGCAUCUGCAUCUGCAUCUGCAUCUUCAUCACUAUCACUUGCAGACGCCACAGCUACCAGCCAUUUUGAGACUAAUAUAUCACCACCAUUUAUAGAUUUUCUUGGCACAGGAGCUGCUUCUUGAAGAACAAAAUUUUCCCCUAAACAGGUAAAGGGAUUUGAACCAAAUAUUGAGUUGCGAACAUUAGCUCAUCGCUCAUCAUUUCAAGUAAACAGAAACCAACUUUCUUUGGGAAUCAUCAUAAUUAAUGUUCCGAGGUAGUAUCUUUUCCAAACUUGAACCAAUGAACUAGCUUUCUUGCUCUCUGUAUCUUUUAAACCUCAUAAUAUAUAUAUAUUUUUUUAUUG